CAACACUGGUCUGGGGUUGGAGGAAGGUAGGUGUUCCAUCAUUCAAAAUCGCAAAAUCAUUCUCCAGCAGGAAUUUAUUUAUGUUUCUGCCUCCUAAGUUGGGGUGACUUUUGUCCCAUAUGGUGGGAGUUGAGGUCACCCAUAAGUAGAGAUUGGUCUGAGAGUGAAAUUUUCAUUAUUUUUGUUGCGUUGAAUUUGUUUCUCAAACAUAUUAAUAGAUGUCGCACCUAUACCCAACGUUGCCAAGCUUUCUACUAAUUCGUAUGUUUGACAAUCAGCUGUUUUUUAAUUUUUGUCACAAAAAUCUAUAAAAUUCCAUUGAAAAAGUAACAUUUUAUUAUUUUAAAUUAAUAGUUUAAUCUCUCCUUAAGUAAAUUCAAAUAAAUAUUGAUAUGUUAUAUGAUAUUUCUUGAAAAUCAUUGAUAAUAAUUGCUUGAUCCUGGAUAAAGAACUAUGGACCCAAAAAAAACUAUACUAAACAACUAACAACUUUAGCUUAACAAUGAGUUUAAAAAAAGAUGGCAAAAUCACAUUGGGGAUGCUAAAAGGUAAACCAGUGACGACCUCUGUCCCUUCGAUAUCCAUUAAAUUCCACGCCAAUGCCGAGCAAAUUGAAGAGUUGCAUUUCAGCGAAGAAGAAACUCCCAAUUCGGAGGAGAAGAGUUUCGGGAAUCUAAAUCCGAUUUCUAGUUCUAGUGACCAAGACACAAGUCCCUUAAAACUACUUCCAAAAUUGGCAAAACGUUCUACCAGCGUAGAUGUAUCUUCUACUCAAAAUCUCAGCUCGUCUCCUCCUGCCGAUCCUUGGAGGUUCUUCACUGAUAUAAAAGGCAAAAUAACCAAAAGCGUAGAAGAAAAAAUCACUGAAAUCAAGGCAAGGCAUGAAGUGGGGUCACCUGUUAAAAAACCUGGAGAAACUAUAAAAGAAGGCAAAACCGAAACAAAUAUAGACAGUUCGAGUUUUUCAGAGUCCGAAGACCAAUCUGAGAGUAGCAUUUCUAAAACUUGCGGUUUUGCUUCAACAACAGAAGGUGUAGAAAUGUCGUCAGAUGACGAAACGUCAUCGAUAGAUAAAGAAAAAAAAUUGCACUCGCCUAGCAUCAUCAGGCAAAAGUUCAGAUUUUUAAAACAUCAUAAUCAUAAAAGUCCAACCAAGGAAGGUACAGUGGAUAUAAACAAUUUAACGAAAAUCUACAAUAUUAAUACCGAAAAAGUUGAACAAGCUUUGCCCGAACAUUCAGAGGAUGUUGAAAGUGCUGUUGAUGCUUUAGAAGAAACUGAUUUUAGAGAUUCGCCUGAGAAGAUUGAAGACGGCUUUGUCAAGGAGGAGAUUAUCAAAAAAGUGGCUGAAAAAAUUGACAAUAUCGAAAUAGACCAAGAAAAUGUGGUAAAUGUGAGGCAAAUAUCUGGAGAGGAGGUGCAAAGAAGCUUCCUUACAGGGGACAAAAAAAUGUCUACAGUUUUUGCACCUAAAGGAUUUGUUGAUGUUAGAUGCCGCACCACCAAUAGGCUUAGUGACACCAAUGUUCUUCCUUAUAUACUUCUGUCUGUGUACAUAGUUGUCUAUGCUAUUUUAAACUCGUAUGUACCCUAUUUGGCAGGGCUUCUUUUGGGGGCCUCUUUGGCCCUAAGCUUAGGGUAUGUUUACGUAAAACUUUGCACUACAGUGACAUUUGGGAAUACAGCAACUAUUACCAAAAAGCGAGCUAAUAUUAUGGAAAUCCCCGCUAUCAAAGAAUAUAAACCAUUGAACAAAUAUGAAGGUUGGGUAAAUGAGUAUCCAGAAACUUACGACCCUCUAACGUAUCACAUUUAUCAAACUCAGUCGGUGUUUUUAAGAUUGCAAGGGAGCCUUUUAAGGCUCAGUCAUUCGAAAAGCAAAGUUCCAAAGCGUGCAAUGUGGAAUGAGCAUGAAAUCAAGGCCAGCUUUAGUCAUCACAGGAUUUACAAUUUACUGGGAGCCAAAAUCAGUUUGCUACCAGAAGGUUUGGCCAAAAUAAGGCUUUGGAGUAAAAAAUACCCUAUUUGCAUUACGCUGAGCAAAGACCAAAUGAAUUUCGAUCAGAACUUAUUGAAAAUGGAAAUGGACGAUGAUAAAAGCAGCGAAAAAUCUAAAUCACCAAUUAUAAAAAAGAAGUCAUUAUUCAGAAAAAGAGAAUAUCCGUAUUUGUCUCAGAGAUUUAGCAAACUAACCGAAGACCAAGAUGUUGAUUUGGAUUCAGAUUCCAGAGCUAGCACACCAUCUCCUGAGAUAACGGAGUUAACUCCAGAAACUCCAAUACCACUACUCAACGACCAAUCUUUUGAGGACGACAUGCACUCUUUACCAGACGACUCUUCGGAAUGCUCGCAAAAUGAUAGUUCUUCCGAGUUGAAAAUCUACUUGUUUGGUCGUACUGAUCGCGAGAAAGAGGAUUGGUUUAGAAGAUUAGCAGCAGCUACCCAUCACGGUGAAGAAAAUACAGAAACAAGUCAAAUUGUUUUGGAGUAUAUGCGAUACAUGACCAUGUUCAAUAAGACUUCUAAUUCAGACUUCCAAGAAAAACAAGCUGGCAACGAUUUGGAGGAAAUUAAACAGUUGUGGUUCAAUGCACUUGUUGGUCGAGUCCUCUUUGAUUGCACCAGAGACCCAAAUUUCACCAAGAAAGUCCAAAACCGCAUCCAAAAAAAACUGCAAACAAUCAAACUGCCGUACUUCAUCGAAGAAAUCCUCAUCACCGAACUUAAUUUGGGCAAAAGCCCGCCGUUCAUACAAAAAUCGGAAAAACCUGUCAUGGACGACAGAGGCUUGUGGGUGGACAUGGAAAUUUCCUACGAAGGCUCCAUCGUGUUAACUUUGCAAACAAAACUGAACUUAAUGAAGCUUAAAAAUCCCAAAACCGAUCGUCCAACAUUGGAAAUCAAAUCAGCAAUUUAUCAUUCGGAUGUUGAUGAUUCGGCUGAAAGUAGCUCGGAUGAGGAAGGGCCUCAAGAGGUUCAAAUCCCUAAAGAACCCACACACGGUAAAAAGUUUAUCAAAAUGGUCGACAGAAUCGCAGAAUCCAAAUUCUUCCAAGCAGCAACCGAGAACCGCUAUAUUAAAAAAGCAAUGGAAGGAGUUAGUAAUACUGAGCUGAGGCUUACAGUUGAAUUAAAAGCACUUUCGGGUACUUUGGUACUUAACGUGCCUCCGCCUCCCAAUGACAGGAUAUGGGUGGGGUUCAGGCCUGUACCAGAGUUGAUUUUGACCGCUUGUCCCAUUGUGGGGGAUAGAAAUGUUACUUAUACAAUGGUUACUAGUUGGAUCGAAAAGAAAAUGAUGCAAGAAUUUCAAAAAGUUAUGGUUAUACCAAAUAUGGAAGACUUCCUAGUACCUGUAAUGGACCCGAAAUUGCCAGAGUAAACUAGUAACCAACUAACAUACAUUUAUUUGAAGGGAAUCUGUGUUUUUUUUUUUCCAUUAAAUUCUUGCCAACUUGCAUCACAUAGCAGAUUCCUUUACAUAUGCAGUGAUAAUUCUAUACAACGUUAUACAGGGCAGAAAAAGAAAAAUGAAUAUAUUUUGUCUAGUCACACGUAUACAGGCAAAUUAAAUGUUUAUAAUAAUUAUUGGCUCUAAAAGUAACUAAGAAAUAAUAAAUGUGAUAUUUACCAAUGUUUUGCGUCAGGGUUUUUGUGUUAGUUUAUGUUUUAAGAAUUUUAUUAUUUUUGUUUGCAAUUUGCCUUUAGUUAUUUUGUAUAAAUAAAACUUACUUUAAUCAAUUUAUGAAAAAAUUUGCUUUUUGCACUAUGAUGAGGCUGGAAAACAUCUCUAUUCUAAUGAUAGGGAAUAAUUGAGACUUCCAAAUUAAUAUUCCAUUUUUGUAUUUAAAGUGAUAAGGUCGGUGCAAACGGCCAUAAGUAUUUUUUUAAUUUUAAACAGUAUAAUAUUUUUUAGUUCCUAAUUGAUGUUAAAUAAAAAUUUGGGGAAUCAAAUAAAAUGCGUUAUUUUUCUUGAAUUUUCCUAAAUCUAAGGAAAAAUUCUUUGGACCCAUAUACAAUACCUAUUGUUUUUCAAAAUUUCUAAAUCAAAAAAGUAUUUUUAUUUAAAUUAUUACAUCAACAGUUUGAAGUCUUCAUACGAUGCCCUUUCAAACAUUCGAUGGAGCAAAAUCGAUUUUCCAAAUACUCAAAGGGCACUUUUCCGGCCAUAUCGGAGCCGCACAAAAAGCAUCUCGCAAUCACUUUGCCUUGGGCAUUUAAAAUGCGCCUUUCUGCUGCUAAAGCCCUCUACAAUAAUAAUUGUAUAAAUUCAAAUAUAUUAUAUAACAUAAUCAAAUUACCUUUUCUCUGUCGCUCAAACUCAAAAACCUAUCUUUAUGCUCAUCUUCCUUUUUCUUAAUAUGAAUUUCCUUUUUCUUUUCUUUUUCCUUUUCGCGUUUCACUUUUCUCAUUGCUCGUUUUUUUUCAGCAAUUUCCUCAUCGGUUAAAGUGUUUACUGGAAUUUGUGCUUUAUUGUAGUUGUAUUUUUCAGGAUUUUUUUUAGCGAAUUUUUUGAAAAUUUCUCUGGACAGUUUACUGUUCGUAAUGCUAUAAGGUGUUUGCUGGUGUUUGUUUUUCAAGCAAGGAUCUGCCUCGUUUUCCAGUAAAUAUUGAAGCAUUUCUUCGUGCUCAUUCAUUGCAGCCAAGUGCAGAAAACUAUUGCCAGCCUCGUCUAAGAUUUCAUUGAAAAUCUCUUUGGAAACUUCUUGUUUAGACAUGUUUUCGAAGAUUUUUGAGCGUUCUUGUAAAAGUUCUUCCAAGAAUACAGUGUUGCCUUUGAUUGCAAUAUUUAUAAGAUUUUGUUUCCUAAGGUCUUCUUUUUCUCUAAGUUUUUGGU